AUGCAAAAUAAUUACUAUCCAUCACCGACAUCAUUGCAGAAAAGUACUCAACAACAGAAUUUUUUCUCGCCCUUCACAACGUCAACGUCAGAUCGACCUCACAUGACAAGCACCCCCCAACGUUUCCUCCUGCCAACGACAUCAUUAGACGUUCACACAGUACCGCAAUCCGGCACACCGCAACACAAAAUUCGAGAUAAUCGUCUCAGUAGCGGCUCAUCCACAAACGAAAAAAUGUUCGUCGACGACUCUAGUUCCCGUUCAUACUCGCCAGAUACCUCGUCCGAAGGCGAAUUGUGCAUUGACGAGUCUUUUGUGUCGACAUCUGAGACAGAAACGCCUCCGCAAGGACAAAAGCGUCGUCGAAUGGUGUCGAUAUCGCCUGCUGCCAGCUUACAACUCAGUUUACUCGACCGAUAUAAGAUUCCGAGCAACAUUCCUGUGGUUUACCACAAAAACAUGGCACGACAAUUCCCCGAGGCGCAAGGUAAAACGGCGCAACAGAAAAUUCAACGCAAGAAAAACACAGAAGCAGCGAGACAGUCACGGGCAAAGGCAAAAAUACUCGAAACUAUUGUCGAGAGCGAGUGUCGUCAAGCCGCCACGGAAAAUGUUAAUGCGAAACGGAUGAUUGCAACACAGCGGGCCUAUGCAAACACACUGCUUAAACUACUGGCACAAGAUGAAGUUGAUUGGACGACCAAAUGGCGAGAUGAACACGAACCAUCUAGACUAGAAGUAACGAUUUGAGUGUAAAAAAAUUAUUCUUGAUGAUAAAAUAAAUAAAAUAUUGUACUGAAAUGCGGUUUUUUAUCAUUUCCUGUUGAUUUAACGGUUUCUGGGUGAGAUUAAAUUCGAAAAUUAUUCAUUUGAGUGAGAGAUUUUGACUUGAAAACACGAUGAAGAACAUUUUCAAGAAAAAAGAGACAGAAACAACUUCCAAGAAGUGCAAAUGCCUUCCCGUGAACUGCAAAUGUCGCAAACGGCGGAUCAUAUUACCAACGAUCGAUAUGUUCAACGAUUUUCAUUGAAUUUUGACGAUUUCAUGAAAUAAAAAAAAUUUACUUACACGUA